CAGCCCCUGGAGCAGGCAGGGCAGGGCUGCAGGAGCAGCAGCUGGUGAACUCUGGGCAAGUUCAGGAUGAUCCCAGGCCUCACUCCGGUGGUCCAGGCGCUGCUAGGAACCUUCUUGACUUGGGGGCUGACGGCAGCGGGUUCAGCACUCGUCUUCGUGUUUUCCAGCGGCCAGAGGCGGAUCCUAGAUGGAAGCCUGGGCUUUGCGGCAGGGGUCAUGCUUGCUGCGUCUUACUGGUCGCUCCUGGCGCCUGCCAUCGAAAUAGUCGAGGACGCCGGGAAUUUCGGGGCCUUUGCUUUCAUCCCGGUGGCCGUGGGCUUCACCCUGGGAGCAGCUUUCGUCUACUUUGCCGACCUCCUCCUCCCCGUGCUGGGCGUCAAUGGACCUCCCAACACGGCCUUGGCGGUGAGCUACGAUGCAGGAGCGGUGAAAGAGAAGUACGACCGCGAGCCGACUCCUCGCCGGGACUAUGAGAACGAGCUGUCCAUCCGGAUAGGUAGAACCGGGCUUCAUCCAGACAAAGGUGAGAACGGGGAGCCCUACCAGAGGAGGAAAGGAGGGGGAUCUGUCCAGCCAGAAGAGCCGGCUGCUUUCCUGACUUCCAGAGAUGCUGCGCCGACGCCGGGAUGCAGCAGUUGGAGGCGGAUUAUGCUGCUGAUCCUGGCAAUAACGAUACACAAUAUUCCUGAGGGACUGGCUGUUGGCGUCGGAUUUGGGGCCAUUGGGAAGUCCGCAUCUGCCACCUUCGAAAGUGCCAGAAACUUAGCCAUUGGGAUUGGAAUCCAGAAUUUCCCAGAAGGCCUUGCUGUCAGUCUCCCCUUGCGCGGCGCUGGAUUUUCCACCUGGAAAGCAUUUUGGUAUGGACAGCUCAGUGGCAUGGUGGAGCCGAUCGCUGGCAUCUUCGGUGCCUUUGCCGUGGUAGUGGCGGAGCCCCUCCUCCCCUACGCCUUGGGCUUUGCAGCCGGUGCAAUGGUCUAUGUGGUCAUGGAUGACAUCAUCCCCGAAGCACAAACCAGUGGCAAUGGGAAGCUGGCUUCCUGGACCUCCAUCUUAGGGUUUGUGGUGAUGAUGUCCUUGGAUGUUGGACUUGGGUAGUGGCAGGUCACUGUUGGCCAAUGGAAGAUGACAUCGGAGCAAUUUGUGCAGCAACUGUUGGAACUGGAAACAUUUUUAUGCCCUCCUAGAUUUAUUUUUGUGUAUAUAUUUUUGAUCCAGUUUGGUGUUGAUUACCUAUGAUUUUAUAUAUAUCUUUUUUUGGUUUUGUUUUUUGGUUUUUUUUGUGGACCUGUGACUUCAUGUUGACAGUUUUCAAAGCACAGAGACAGGUGGCUCCUUGCAGGUCCUGGGUUUCCUCUGCCACCAGAUGUUUUUUUUUUCUCAACAGGGUUGUGGAUAAGACAUGCAUCAGCCAGGCUGCUAUUUGCUGUUGACUUUUCCUUCAGUUCUGGGACAUGUGCCUAUGUCUGUAAUGGUCAGGUCUCUCUGUUAUUUUUGAUUCAUCUGUAGGUGAUUAGAAACUUGUGGUCAAAUGUCCGAACUGGUUUGUUAUUAAGCACUGGGACUCUUGACUGGGAUAAAUGAUCAGAAGUGUCUGCACUUCUGAAUUCAUCUUGGAUGUCUGGAAGUAACAGCACAUAUAUAAUCUACACAGGUAUGUUGGUAGCAGAACAUCUCAUCUAUCUUCCUGGUUCUUGGGGGUUUUUUUGUUUUGUUUGAAUGGCAUUAGUUGUUUGGAUGGAUACCAAUAGAAAUGAAACUUUAUGGGCACCUUGUCCAGCUGGAGAAGUGGGGAAGGCAUCUGUUUUCCCCUUGGUGCAUGUCUUCUACAUGAGGCCUUAUUGUACACUAGUGAUAUUUGUCCAGUGCUCUGGUAUUUGCUUCUGUUUUAUAUCAUUGAUAGAUCACUAGUUCGGUGAAAAUUCCCUUGAAACACUAACACGUGCUCUUUCCGGAGGAUGGUCUCUUAGCUUUCCAUCUCCGGCUUCCCCCUGAGGGUGCCUGCAUUAGAUUAGAAGAGCCUGGCCUUGUUAACACGUCUCAUUUUCCAGGUCUAAUAGGAUUGAUCAGUUAAUUACCCAGCGCGAGCAGUCAAAAAUGCACCAGCUCAGCUUUUUUCUUUCUUUUUUCAAGCACUUUUUUUUUGGCUUUUCAUCAUUCCCCAACUGCAGAGUGACUUGUUUUAACAGAUCGGGAACAAGCCGUGCUUCUUGCAGGUGGACGCACACUUGUACAGUCAGCACAAGGGAAUCUGAUGGCUUCACAUAAAGCUGGAGAAUGCAGCACCAAAGUCGACCGUGUAAUUGAGGCAAAACGCACAUCCCUCCUCACUUUCGAGGAAGACGUCCCCCCGGAAAGGGGUUUGGUUACACAUGUUGGCUGGCACCGUGAGUCACUGGUUGUCUGGCUGAUAUUCAGACUAUUCGUGCCCUCUGGGCUUAAAUUUGUAACCAAUUAAUUUUUAAGCAUCCUAGACCAUGUAUUGUGGAAGCACUGUCUUCAAUAAGCUCGCUCUCAGUCCUCUUUGAGAAGUUGUAGGAUCACAGCCAAAGGGAAUAGAUAUAAAUGAACUAAGUGAAAGCCGUGGAAUUUUUCCCUGGCUCAUUUUGUUGGCUGGAUUUCAUUUGUACUUAUCUGUAUGUUGUCUGGGAUACUACAAAAAUGCUGUUUGCCAGUUGAUCUGACCUUUUAACUGUGAUUGGUUGCAAUAAAUGGGAAGUUGAAAGUUU